AUGGAUAAGCGACACCCGAGUUCGUUCCAGCAGCUGGAGAAGCUCGGUGAGGGGACCUAUGCCACGGUCUUCAAAGGCAGAAAUCGGCAGACCGGCGAACUGGUAGCCUUGAAGGAAAUUCACCUCGAUUCAGAAGAGGGCACACCCUCUACCGCGAUCCGCGAGAUCUCGUUGAUGAAGGAACUGAAGCAUGAUAACAUUGUCAGCCUGCACGACGUCAUCCACACUGAGAACAAGCUCAUGCUCGUUUUCGAGUAUAUGGACAAAGAUCUUAAGAAGUAUAUGGACACCCAAGGCGACCGCGGAGCGUUGAACCCCAUCACCAUCAAAUCCUUCAUGCACCAGCUGCUGAAGGGCAUUGAUUUCUGCCACACAAAUCGUGUUCUCCAUCGUGAUCUCAAGCCUCAGAAUCUCCUCAUCAACACCAAGGGCCAACUCAAACUAGCUGAUUUUGGCCUCGCCCGUGCCUUCGGCAUUCCCGUCAAUACAUUCUCCAACGAGGUUGUGACUCUCUGGUACCGCGCUCCAGACGUGCUCCUCGGCAGUCGCACCUACAACACUAGCAUCGAUAUCUGGUCGGCAGGAUGCAUCAUGGCAGAGAUGUACACCGGUCGCCCACUUUUCCCGGGCACCACGAACGAGGACCAGCUUGUUCGAAUCUUCCGUAUCAUGGGUACACCAUCUGAACGCACAUGGCCCGGAAUCUCGCAGUACACCGAAUAUAAGCAGAACUUUCAGAUGUAUGCCACGCAAGAUUUGCGCGUCAUCUUACCCCAGAUCGACCCGGCUGGCAUUGAUCUGUUGCAGAGAAUGCUCCAAUUGCGACCCGAGUUGCGGAUAUCUGCUCAUGAUGCGUUGCAACAUCCUUGGUUUAACGAUCUAAACGGACGGAUGGCCCACCAGCAGCAACCUCCAGGACAGAUCCCUAUUCAGCAGCGAGGUUACGCAGAUCCAGGCAUGGUGGCUCAGGCUGGCUAUGUUGGAUAUUGA